AUGCCCUUCUUUUUAGAACCAGUGCCGACGAUCCAUCAGGAAUGGUAUUUUUUGUGUUUACUUUUAGAGGAACAGAUAUCUAAAAUUAAAGGUAAAGCGCCUAGUGCUGCUGCAAAGGUUGCUCCCUCGCGUGCUGUCACCAUUACCCCCGUUGCAAAGGGUGUCUCCUCACGUGCUGUCACCACUGCAAAGUCGCGUGCUGUCACCACUACAAAGGGUGCAACACCUCGACCUCAACCUCGAACAACCUCUUAUACAACAGCUGGGGUUAAGUCCACUUUUUCUGUAUCUCCUGUUCCUACUUCUACAGAAAAAUCAUCUAAUGUUGGAAUUUAUAUUGGUAUUGCUAUAGCUGGCGUUGUUGUUGGUAUAAUAUUAUCUUUUGCAGGAUAUUUCUUGUAUCAAAAAUAUCUAGAUUCUAAGUAUAUUCCAACUCCUGGGACUGUUGAUAUGACUCAUGUCAAUAUUGGUUGA